AUGGCAUCUCACGAAUCUUCCCUCGAGUAUGAGCGUACUCCGGAGAACGAAAAUGUCAAAGUCCCCUCGAUAGAGGAGAAACAUGUUAAUAACAUGUUUGCUAAUGCCGCUUCUGCAACUGCGAAAGAACAUAAGAUGACCUUAUUGGAGGGUAUCAAAUUAUAUCCUAAAGCUAUCGGAUGGUCUAUCUUGAUCUCCUCGUGCUGCGCGAUGGAAGGGUACGACGUCUCCUUAGUAGGGAAUUUCUAUGCCUUUGAACCAUUUAAUGAAAAAUACGGUGUUUUGGGCUCAGAUGGGACUUAUCAAGUUCCAGCCAGAUGGCAAUCUGGUUUAUCCAAUGGUGCUCAAUGUGGUCAGAUUCUAGGAUUGAUCUUGAACGGUUUGUGUACCGAACGAUAUGGAUAUCGACCAGUCUUAAUGGUCUGCCUCGUUUGGUUAAUGGGAGUCAUCGCGAUCUUUUUCUGCGCACCGAAUAUCCAAACUCUUCUUGCUGCUGAAAUCUUAGCUGGUAUCCCCUGGGGUGUAUUCCAAUCUAUCGCUAUCAACUAUGCUUCUGAAGUUUGUCCUAUCCCCUUACGAGGUUACCUGACUUGCUAUGCAAACUUCUGCUGGGGCUGGGGUCAGUUGAUCGGUAUCGGUGUCAUUCGAUCUAUGUUUGAUAGAGAUGAUCAAUGGGCCUAUAGAAUCCCUUAUGGUGUACAGUGGGUCUGGCCCCCUAUUAUCCUUAUCGGAGUGAUAUUCGCCCCAGAAUCACCGUGGUGGCUCGUCCGUAAAAACCGAAUUGAAGAUGCCAAACGAUCCCUUAUUCGUCUUACUUCCGCCAAACGAAAUCCCGAUUUUGACGUAGAUGAGACAAUCGAUAUGAUUCGACAUACCACCGAACUCGAGAAAGAGAUCACUUCCGGUGCAAGUUACCUAGACUGUUUCAAGGGGAUCGAUCUUCGUCGAACUGAGAUAGUCUGUGCGAUCUGGGCGAUUCAAAACCUUUCGGGAAAUACAUUUAGUAACUACUCGACGUAUUUCUUCAAACAGGCUGGUCUGGACGGUACGAUCGCCUACGAUUUCGCAAUGGGUCAAUAUGGUAUCAAUAUGGCUGGAACUUUCGGUGCAUGGGGCCUCAUGGCUUUGGGGUUGGGUAGAAGGAAGUUGUUGUUAUUUGGUUUAGUCGGAUUGAGCAUAUCACUCUUCGUAAUGGGUUUCAUUGGGUUGGUGCCGGACGAGCAUAAACACGCCGCUAGUUUGGCCACAGGUACAAUGAUGCUGGUUUGGGCGGUGAACUAUCAACUUUCAGUUGGUACCAUCGCAUACUCGUUAGUAGGCGAGAUCUCAUCAAGAAGACUAGCUAUCAAGACCGUCGCUCUAGGUAGAGCAGCAUACAAUGUAGUUGCUAUCAUCAACAAUGUUUUGACUCCUUACAUGAUCAAUCCAACAGCUUGGAAUUGGGGCAACUACGCAGGUUUCUUCUGGGGUGGAUCAUGCCUGCUUUGCCUCGUCUACACAUACUUCAGAGUCCCUGAACCUGCAGGAAGAACAUUCGCAGAACUUGAUAUCUUGUUCGAAAGACGUAUACCCGCUAGGAAAUUCGCUACUACCGAUGUCAACGCUUUUGACCCUACGCUCAGACAUCACUUUGGAGGUGGGAAAGACGGUUCGGCACAUGUCGAAGAAAAAGAAACCCAAUCCGCUUGA